AAAAAAAAACAAGAACGUGAAUGUAAGCGGUCAAGUGUAGGGGACGCGCUAUUAGAACAUUUGUAUAACGGAAAUAGGAAUACGUUGUACGCUCCUUAUUUCCGGUUGCGGAUCCGGCGGAUGAGACAUGAAUGUUAGCCGUUUGGGCUUCUAGCGUGCGUUUAAGUAAAAAAAAAAAUGGACACGAUGACUAUAUGCGAUUAAACAAAAUAUGUGAUUAAAACAAUUGUCGGUUGUAUGUUGUUUGAAAUGGUAGUCGUUCGGUCGAGACCGUUAGUGCAAUUUACGCUAGCAUAUGUGUAUCGGCAGCUAACGUUAGCUUUUGUCGGAAGUUAAAAUGAUUUGUAUUUAGUUUUCGUCCUAAAUAAUGAACAUAGAGUUGUCGUGCUAAAUACGAAAUUGGACUUUGAGCUGGGCUGAUGCAUUUUUUGAAAAUAUGAAAUUAACUUGCAAAUAUUGCUUUUCUGUACAGAAACCCAUCUUACUGCAGGGCCACGAACGAUCCAUCCCUCAGAUCAAGUACAACGGAGAAGGAGACCUGUUUUCCGUCGCUAAAGGUCCAAACACAUGGGUUCGAUUUCAGCUGCAACAUCAUCAUGUUUUCCGCGGACGAGCAGUUGGGCUGUCAGUGUUACAUGAACUUGUUCGACCCGGGGUGAUCCACAGAUCGGUGCUUAUGGGAGGUGGGCAGGAGGCCAUGGAAGUGACCACAACCUCCACCAGGAUUGGCAUGUUUGAGGCCAGGUUCUUCCAAGCUGUGUACGAGGAGGAGUUUGGCAGGAGUCAAAGGUCAUUCUGGUCCCAUUAACUGUGUGGCUUUCCACCCUGACGGCAAGAGGUAAAUGAGACCAACACAGCUUUUGAUUGAGGGCAACUGGACAAGGUAGUUUCUACCUCUCCUCAAGAGGCUUCUUUAGUUCAGCAGAACUGAAGAAGCCUCUUGGAUGAAAAAUGGCUUUAAAAAAACCUACUUUGUCCAGUUGCCCUCAAUGUAACUAUUUUUGGAUUAAAUGACUGAGAACCUGCACAGACAGCUAUUGAUUGUGUUAUUCGAGCUCAUUGUUGUCAUUCAUUGUGUCUUGUAUGCUAUUGUCAUUGUCUUAACAUUUGUGCGGUCCUUCACAUUUCUGCACACACUGUUUGUCCUUGCAAUGAUUUUCAUCUUGUCCCAGAAUAUGAGUAUUAAUGAAUAUGAGGAAAAGUUGACACAAGUCAUGCAGUAUAGGAACACACAAACACACACAGACACACACAUAGACACAAAGACCUUAAUGCUACUGUCUGAUACUUAACAAAGUCACUUUUUAGCAACAAUUUUUUUUGGCCUUUGCACCUAGGGUUAUUCCAGCUCAUUCCAUUCAUUGUGCCUUAAUGCUAUUGUACUUUAAUUGUGUUUGACUUAAAAGACUGUUGUAAACCUUCCAGAAGAUGCCUCUUCUUUCAAAGGUAGAGAAAGAGAAUUUUCUUUUACUUAGGUAAAAAUUGAUUGCGCCUUAAUGGUAUUGUGAAAUAGUCACUUUCAUUGUGAGCUG